UGCGCUUUUACGCACGACUCCACCACAGUCCGAGUCCACGGUGCCAUGCAGGGCGCACUUUCAGGGCGCACUUUCAGGACGCUUUCCAGUUUUCCAGCUGCCAGAAGAUGCUUCUGCUAGUCGGUGUGCUCUUUAUUUUCUGCGCUGAGCAGAGUCGGUGUCAGGGGAAGGAUGAAGACUUUACUUUGGAGGGAGACCUCCGCCACUUCGCCGUGGCCUCCGACACUAUUUACAUCGCCACGGAGAAGACUCUGUACCAGCUGAGCCAUGACCUGACCCAGGUCCGCAAUGUGUCCCAGAGAGGAGUUCUGGUGAACGGGGAAGACAAUGAGAACGCCGAGUUUCACCGAGUUUCAGAGACUGAUGUGUGGAACGCGACUUUCAGUGUGAAUGUGUUGUUGCCGUUUGUUGUUAAUAACAGUGUGAUCAUCUGUGGUCUUAUUGACAACGGCUGUGGAUACUGUGAGAUCCUGAAGGCCACUAACAUCUCUGAGGUCCUAUACAGGGAGUACAUCCUAGUGGGGUCCUCCAUGAACAGAAGCGCGUCCGUGGCAUUCCUGGGGACAGUGAAGGAGACACGAAACCAGACUUACAUUCUGACCGCCUCACAACAAGCCACUUCCACAGAGGCCAGAUGCACCAGUGGUUUGGAAUCAAUAGUGUUCCUCCAUAACACAAAUGAUGGUCAGUUUGGAAGAAUUUUCUCCUCUACCUCCAGUAAACCUCCAGGACCCGUCAAGAACAGAGGGGAAAGUUACGCAAAGUUCGUGGACGGAUUUCAGAUCGGUUUCGUCUUUUAUCUUUUCUCCAACGUGCCUUUAGAGGACAACGGUAAUAGAGUGAGACUCAUUUGGCUCAACGGAACCAUGUCCAAGAGUGAAACCAUAAAGUCACUGCGAGGAACGACUCUGAUCCCCGGCACAGGGGCUGGUGGCAGCAGACUGUUGGCCUCCUCCCUGAUCCCGGGAGGUCCACAGGUGCUGUGGAGCGGUGUGUUCACUGUGGACGGACAGAACACUGACACUGUGCUGGUGGUGUUUGACAUCAGCCCUAAAGGAGAGUCUGAAAAAGAUCCAGACUUCUGCACUGAGGGGGACUGUAGUGGAAAUGUUCAGACUCGGAGUCCAGAGACAGUGCUCUUCCGUCAGAACAACAUGACUUCUGUGCUGGCAGUGAGGCAGAGGGACUUUGUGGUUUUUUUCAUUGGAACAGGAGAUGGGCAGCUCAUCAAGUUUGCAAUGGACAAGAACUAUCGCACGUCCUGCCCCAGGGUGCUCUACAGAUCGAAUGAUGAUCGCAAAGUGCUCCCCGGAUUACACCUGGAUGAGGUCGAUCGUAGACAUGUUUAUGUGCCGUUUAAAAACCAGAUGAAGCGUAUACCUGUGACCACAUGCAACGAAUACGAAUCUCUGCGGGACUGCUGGUCUGCUCAGGAUCCACACUGUAUUUGGUGUAGCUCUACACAAAGAUGUACAUUUGAGGUCGACUGCAAUGGUACAGAGUGGUUAGGAAUUCCUGAUGAUUUCCAACAGCAGAAACUGGUUUCCUACAAAACUGAAAGAAGCCCAUCUGGCCAGAUCACACUCAAAGUCCAGACACACCUGACCGUGGGACAAGGGGCAGUCACACCCUUUGCCUGUCAGUACCCUGUAAAGGUCCCACUUUGCAGCAGGGAAAGCCCUCCAAACUUCCCUCAGUGCACCUGCAUCCUCUCUAAUAGUACACUUCCUGUUGGAGGUGUACGAGUGCCAGUAAGAAUCAGACUGGGGAGGUCAGACCUACUGGAACAUCUGAACCUGACAAACUGCCCAAACAUCACAGGACCUCCUACUGCUGACCUGUGUCGACAGUGUAUCAAGGCUGGAUGUGGCUGGAGCUCGAAUCACUGCACCUGGGCAAAUCAAGGAUCUACCAAUGCCAGCAUCUGCCAAACAAUUCAGUCGGGGAUGAACAUAACUAAGCCAGAGAUACACUCCAUCUCCCCCAGUGUUGUGUCUUUCUAUGGUAGAAACCGUGCAGUGUUGUCGGGUCGUAACCUCGGACAGGUGACCAGAGUGAGGAUCCAGGGGAACAUGGACUGUAGUCCACAAGAAUCUCCUGUGUUGGACAGAACAGAUGUGAAUCUGAUAUUCCACAUUCCCACUGCAAAUAAUAAAGCUUCUGUCAAAGUAUGCGUUGUCCUCCCAGAUGGAAGUUGUGUGGGUAACGCUAGCAUUACCUACCUGUCCUCACCGUCCUGUACUGACCUCACACCAAACAGUGCAUGGCUCAGUGGAAAGAGAAAUAUUACAGUAAAGGGACCCUAUAUGGAGUUAGUGGAAGGAGUGAUACACAGCCACGCCAAGAACAAUAUGUUGCUUCCACUGAGCUUCAACUCUACGCAACUAACUUAUGGCACACCUGAGGCUGGAAGUGCUCUUACCUCAACUGUGUAUCUGAAAGUAGCCAACGAGACCUUGAAUUGCUCUAAAACCAUCACCUACUACCCAGACCCAGUGUUCACCGACUUCACUCCCACACUGACAGGGAGCGAUGUCAGCAUCAACAUCCAGAAAAAGGCUGACAAACUGGAUGUGACAAUUGCAGAGCUAUCUGUGUGGGGUGUUAAUUAUGGAAAACAAUACGAGUGUAAAAUAGAAGACAAAGAAACAAACAACGACACUGACUUUUUCAUCUGUGAGAUUAAAAACCCACAGGUCAUGGAAUUUCAGUAUUUACUGAUUAAAUAUGGCGACAAAGAAGUAAUACUGAAGCCCAAAUCCUCAUAUCUCCUUCUGAUACUGCUUGUCCUUCUGCUUAUACCCUGCAUUAUUAUUGCGGUGGUGAUUAUCUACAGAAGGAAACAGAACCAGCUCACCACUAAAAUGAACGAUCUGAUGGAAAAUCUGGAGCUUGACAUCAGGAAUGACAUCCGACAAGGUUUUAUCGAGCUACAGACAGAAAAAGCCGACCUGCUGGAAAACGUUGGUGCGAUUCCUUUCCUCGACUAUAAACACUUUGCCUCCAGAAUCUUUUUUCCUGAGAGUGAAGCUUUGAUGGCGUCAUGUAUUAAAGACAUUGGACAGGACGCAGAGAAGGUUCACCUUGAUGAGUGUUGCCAUGGCCUGUCCAGACUGAUCCAGGACCAGCUCUUCCUUACCUCCAUGGUGCACACUUUAGAGGAGCAGAAGAACUUCACCAUUAAGGACAAGUGCACGUUGGCGUCUCUGCUGACUGUUGCACUCCACAGCAACUUGUCGUACCUAACGGAGGUGAUGGAGUCUCUACUGAAGGAUCUGAUGCAACAGAACAGCAACACUCAGCCCAAACUGCUGCUGCGGCGUACUGAGUCUAUAGUGGAGAAGCUGCUGACCAACUGGAUGUCCAUCUGCCUCUAUGGUUUCCUCCGAGAAAAUGUCGGCCAGCACCUGUUCCUGAUGGUGAGUGCUCUCACGCAGCAGAUCUCCAAAGGGCCGGUGGACUGUGUGACAGAGAAAGCUCUGUACACACUCAGUGAGGAUUGGCUGCUGUGGCAGGCUCAGGACUUCAGCUCCCUGAAGCUGAAGGUGCUGUUUGCAGUGGGCACUGACGGUGAGGUCAGCGAGCCUCUGGAGGUCGAUGCCCUCACCUGUGACACCAUAGAACAGGUCAAAGAGAAAAUCCUGUCCACUUUUAAGGCCAAGUUCGGUUUCCCUUACAACACACCACUCAGGGACACUGAUAUUGAGUUUGAGAAGGAUGGUUCAUUCGUUCGUCUUGAAGAAGUGGAUGCGAGCUCAGAAGUCCUGGGGGAUGUGACGAUGCUGAACACACUGAAGCAUUACAAGGUAACUGAUGGAGCAAAGAUCAAAGUACUCUCUAAGAAAACGCAUCCUCCACUGAGCCCUCAGGGAAGUCUGAAAGACGAUAAGGACUUUUCCGGAAAAUACUUCCACUUGAUUGACCCUGAUGUAGACGAGGACCAAAGAAAGAACCCAGAAAGGAAGAAGUUAAAGUUGAAGGAAGUACACCUCACUAAGCUGCUGUCAACAAAGGUGGCGGUACAUUCAUUUGUGGAGAACCUGUUCAGGUGUAUCUGGGGGAUGCAGCAUAACAAAGCACCGCACGCCAUCAAAUACUUCUUUGACUUCCUGGAUGCUCAGGCUGAAAACAUGAAAAUCACUGAUCCAGAUGUUCUGCACAUCUGGAAGACCAACAGUUUACCGCUACGCUUCUGGGUGAACAUCCUGAAGAACCCGCAGUUUGUUUUUGACAUGGAGAAGACUCCACAUUUAGACGGCUGCUUGUCCGUCAUCGCCCAGGCCUUCAUGGACUCCUUCUCCCUCAGUGACAUCCAGCUGGGAAAGCAUACACCUACCAACAAACUCCUCUACACCAAAGACAUUCCAAAGUUUAAACAGGAAGUGAAGCUUUACUACAAGCAGAUUCGGGAGCAGCAGCCAAUCACAGCGUCAGAAUUUAAGGACUUCCUGCUCUUAGAGUCAAAGAAACAUGACAACGAAUUCAAUGAAGCUGAAGCCCUGAGAGAGCUCUACAAAUUCAUACAGAAAUACUUCACAGAGAUCCAGGAGAAGCUGAACCAGAAUGGUGCUCCCUCAGAGCUAAAAGAGCAACUACAUCAUGUGAAAGACUUGUUUGAUGGACUGAAGAGCUGCUCAUGGAACUGAUCCAGGGAACCUUUCACUGGCAUGAGUAAUGAUCCCAAAGCCUAGAAAGCUACGGUAAAAGUAAAUCUCCUAGAAAGCAGUUGGAAGAGAACACCCCAUGGACACAAGAUUAAAACCACAGUUAUCUGAGACAGUAGAAAAUACAGUCUUUAUAAAUAUUGUGCAAACAUGUACAUUAAAACCCUGAGGAAAUCAGCACAUUUUAGAUCAAAUUAAUCAUCAUAAAACCUGGCGUCACAUCAGUGCUCUUAAUACCAAAAUUUAUAGACAAAAAAAAAAAAAAAAAUCUGUUGAUCAGUGGUCGGG